AUGAGCUCACAAUGCCUGAAAAAGGUCAAGAGCCAAGGUAUGGAGGAGAAAAUGUCUGAAGCAAUUGACGGGACAAUGAAUACUUCGGAGGAUAAUCUCAACGAUAGCCUCAACGAUGUGUUAGACCCUGACCAUACAUCAACCAACGGUGAGAUAACGGACUUAGAUCACUUACGUAAGAAGGCAAAAUUGGCGCACGCUCCAUCCUCAUCUUUUGAAGCAUCUUCGAACAACACCGACAGCGCGGACUCAAAUACAUUGAACAGCAGCAUCUAUUCAAAUGAUUAUAAUGCAGCCAAUAUCUUGCAGUCCUCAAAAUCACGCAUAUGCCCGGAGAAACUCUCAUCCGGACGUCAAAGCACCACUGCACCAGAGGAGUAUCUUGCGAAAACGGUCCACAGCAUCUCAGAAUAUGGGGCCUCUAGCGAUGAACUACUAAGCCCUCCUGCAUCAGAAACCUUUCACGCCAAAUAUCGCAAAUCCAGUCCGGACCUCAUGACCCUCCAUAUGUUCACUGGAAAGAUGAAUGGGAAGACCCCAAUCUAUGUGCCUGUGUACAAGCGGAACAAUUUCGGCAAGCUAUUGAAGCUGAUGGAGAAUUGGUCCGGGCAUUGGGUGUAUAUGGAGCUGAAGAAGUUGACGGAGGAGGAGCUUGACGCAGGAUUGAAGAUCUUGGAGAAGCCUAAGGCCGAGGUGGUCUUGCAGAGUUCAGAGCCUAAGAAAGCAGUGGGCCGUCGCAAGCUGGCAGAUUUUGGCCUUCGAGAGACGAAAUCGAAUGGCGGCCGGGAUUGGCUUUGA